CAUCGCCUGCCAGACUUCCCAUACACUCGAGCAUCUAGCUCCUUCUCUGCCGUCGUACAAUUGUAUGCCCGGUCAUCACAACUUGAUACCGCAGAGGUGCGGCAUCGGCGUUUUCGUGAUAUGCCGCCCACGACACGGGGCUUUGGCCACAAUAUCGGACGCGUUUUUACAUGGGUGUGCUACCCCCACUUGCACGUAUUGUGGGCAACAUGACUGAGACAGAAGUGGGUGUAUUACCCCCACAGUCUCAUGAUAUGGGCAACAUUGCAUCUGGUAAUGCGGGUGCCUUACCCCCGCAGCUGGAUAGUAUGACGAUAGAACCUAAGGUGUUGU